AUGGAUGCACUAUUUGGAGUAGCUGGAAAGAAUUAUGUGGUAUUGGCCUGCGACACGAUGUAUAGAAACAAUAUUUUAGUUCCGAAGAGUGACCAUAACAAAUGUGUGGAAAUAAACGAUAAAGCAGCAGUAAUCUCUGGAGGAAACCUGGGGGACUGUGCUAGAGUUAUACACGGUGUUUUAGAAGGGGUAAAAUAUGAAAGUAUAGCGCAUGACCUAGUUAUAACCGAACAAGCAUUUGCAAGUACCCUUCAAAUGGAAAUACAUAAUAACUUAAGAAAGUCACCAGUGGAUGUUACUUCAAUAGUUGGCGGAUUGUCCGAGGGAGUUGGAAAGUUAUAUAUGAUAGAUCAAUAUGGUGCAUGCACUAGUUAUAAAUAUAUGGCAACUGGGUACUGCUCUCCAUUCUUUCUGACUAAAAUGAAAAUGUGUCAUAAUGAAGAAACCCCGGUAGAGGAGACAGUAGAGCUUUUGAAAGAGAUAUACGAGGGAAUUAAAAAAAGACUGGUUUUAAACUAUGGAAUCCUUCAUUUCUGCAUUAUUACAGAAGAUGGCAUUAAACAGCUCUAGUUUCGCUAUUGUAAUAUGUAGUAUGUGAAUGGGUAGGCCCAUUAAAAAGUGACCGAGGAUAGAAUUUUCUGGCCGCGCAAGUGCUGUGCAGCACAUUCUAGUGAAUUAAUUGACUAUUUACUAUAUCCUGG